UGGCGCCACGGCGGGGGGGCAUGCACAUGAGAGUGGAACCCUGCAUUAAGUUUGAGACAGCUAGAAAUCGAUCCACGUCAAGUGAAAAGGCUCGUUCGAGCGGGCGAAUCGUCGAGGGCAUGCCGCGGCGGCUUCAUCGCAUCCAUCAAAUCGUGGUAGCGUCGUAAUACGAAGGCCUGGACGUGGUGGGUCUCGGGGGGUCAAAGGACGUCGCCUGUCGGCUGUUGUAGUCGGUGUACGAGAGCGGGGUGGGGUCGAAUGUCGGAUCACGACCUCCCCGCGACGUGCCAGUCGAGGAUGUAUCUCGGGGGGCAUUUCGCGCUUGACGGAGCAUGCGCUCGAGCUCUUCCGCCGACGCUGGCGAGGAGCCAUCGGGGCUUGACAUGGACGACGACUUGGUCGAUGUUUUGUAGAUCGCAACGACCACAGCCACAAGUACGAGGAGAGGCAAACGCAGCCACGACAGAUCCAUGCUCCCCAAACUUGUCGGCGCCGCAGGAGACGGCACGGGGAGGAAGCUUUCCAGCACAAACACGGUCGAGUGUCCAACGUUGGCAACCACGGCAAGGUCGCGCGCCCCUGCGCUGGCUUGGUCCUCCAGGUCCAGGCGGGGCAGCAGAGCAACACGGACGGGAUGGCUAGAUCCGACGCCUUGCGUCGAGUCGUGUGGUCCAUACGUGUGUGUCGCGCCCGUGACGAACCGCGGUCGAUCCGUCGCGACGUUGGUUACGUUCCACAGCGCCAACAUCGACUGCGACGCCACCAGAAUGUAGCCUGGCAGCGCCAAAAUGGCCGAAGCUCGCGAAGAAGCCGCCGCUGCAGGGGGGAGCCGAUGAAGGAGGCGGCAAGUCCGCGUGCGAUCGACGUACAUGUCAAACACGAGGACGUCUCCAGACGCGACGGUGGCGUACAUGAUGCUUGGGCUAGCCGUGUCGAACGCGAGCGCCACGACCGGAGACCGACUCCCUUCGCAAACGUAAUGCACUUGCUCUCCAAGCCGUGAUAAUGGAAACAAAUGGACAGACGUGGCUUGCGUGAUGGCCAAGAGGUGGCGGUGUGGCGACAUCGACCGGACGGGAACACGAGCGUCGAGCGCGGUCAGAGUGUGCAGCACGAUGCCAGCGUCGUCGAGGACGUGGACGGUAUUCUGCAUGGGUGGCGGCUGCCCAUCAGACUCUGACUUCGCCAUGGGGUCGUCGGCGCUCGAGUCUUCCGUCACAACGACAAAAUGCAGCGGUUGGUCGUGAAAUGCCGUGGAGGCCGCAGCGACAACCGUGCGUUGCGAGUCAGUCACAUGGAGUGGUGCCGUCGCUGGUGGUGUUGCGUCCACUACAGAAAUUGCCGGCACGUCCAACGAAGUCGAUGGAGUGGCGCUUGCCCAGUCAAAGGUCACGUUGACUUUUUGAAGCACUCGAUGGCCUGACGAAUGCACCACCGACACGUGAGGGGUGGGAGCGAGUGUAAACGACGCAGCAACCACUUGACUCUCGCUUGUGUGGGGCGGCGACCGUGGGGGAAGCUGCACCGCCUUGACCAACGUCCCUGCGGGCAACUCGUAAAAGCUCAGCGUGCCGUUGGCGGCAGCAGUAAACAGCAGCGACAGAGGGUGAACGAACCGAGGAUGAGCAAGGUGGAAGGGCUGGAUUGCUACCACAUUCAGCUCUCCGGCGUGCCGUUCUACAAACCAUCGGUGGAACACAUCAGGCGGGGAGUGUGCCGCACUGUCAGACGACGGAAGAGGUGGUGCGUCACACGUGGAAAACGACGGCAUUGACUGUGCCAAGACCGCUUCCAAGUCCUGGUUGAGGACGUCCUCUGUGUCUGCCGUCGCGGAAGACGGAUUGAGAGUUCCGCCAAGGGACAAUCGCCGCAAAUCUCGCAAACUCGUGAGCUUUCGUUCGAGCAGCGCAAUCAUGCGGUCUGUUUCGGCCAACUCGACCAAUAUGGCAUUGGUGUCGAUGGGAGCUGCAGGGGGUGAGUUUGCGACGAGAUCGGUCGGGGCCGACGAUGUGGCUUGCGCCAUGUGUGUGGCCAACGCAAGCCACACAAGCUUGCCGCUUCGGCGCUGCGCCAUCGCCAAUCCGUCACACUACCAAAU